AGCCGCAACAACACACAGAGGAUCGAUCAGAGCAAGCGACCUCAUCGACGGCGCGGCCAGCUCAGAGAAGCGAAAAAGGAAAAGCAUGGAAGCUCCACCGGCGACGGCGAGCAGGAGUGCCGCCGCCGUCUGCGUCACCGGCGCCGGCGGAUUCCUCGCCUCACGGCUCGUCGAGCUCCUCCUCUCCUCCCGGGACCACUACGUCGUCGUCCACGGCACCGUCCGUGACAUCGGCGACGGCAAGAAUGCCCAUCUGAAGGCGCUGGAGAACGCCGGCGAGAGGCUGCGGCUGUUCAAGGCUGACGUGCUCGACUACGGCGGCGUCGCGUCGGCGAUCGCCGGCUGCGACGGCGUCUUCCAUGUCGCGAGCCCUGUGCCCUCCGGCCGACCCACCAACCCUGAGGAAGAUGUAAUAGCUCCGGCUGUAACAGGCACACUGAAUGUGUUGAGAGCUAGCUACGAAGCCAAAGUGAAGCGAGUUGUCGUGGUUUCUUCAGUUGCUGCAGUUUUCAACAAUCCGAAAUGGCCGAAAGGUAAGCCUUUCAACGAGGACAGCUGGUCAGAUGAAGAGCUCUGCAGGAAGAGCGAGGAGUGGUAUAACCUUUCCAAAACUCUGGCAGAGCGUGAGGCUUUCGCGUAUGCAGCAAAAACUGGGAUGGACAUUGUAACUGUUUGCCCAGGACUGGUCAUUGGACCACUGAUGAAGCCUACAGUACCUACAAGCAUCAAAAUGUUCUUUGAUUAUAUGAAAGGAGACGGCGAGACUGCUGAAAACAGACUCAUGAGUGUAUUGGAUGUCCGAGAUGUUGCUGAUGCUCUUCUUUUAGCUUAUGAAAAACCAGAGGCAUCUGGACGAUACCUAUGCAGUUCAACUCCAAGAAAACUAUCGGACAUAAUAAACAUAUCGAAGAGCUUAUAUCCAAAUUUCCCUUAUCCCAAAAGGUUUGUGGAAGAGGAAGACACCAUCACAUUUAGUUCAGAAAAACUUCGGAAGCUAGGCUGGACCUUCAGGCCCAUAGAGGAAACCAUCAAGAACAGCUUUGAGUCCUACAUUGCUUCAGGGAUUCUGACCUGAGAGCAUUCAACAGGGACAAAACUUCAGGCAGAUUCAUGUAAUCGAUAACAAAGAAUAAGCUGGAGACGGCAUUAGGUUAAGGGAAUAAUAUGACUGAAGAAUCAAAUGUUCAGCACAAUUUGUUUAAAUGUUUAAGAACUCGGAGGCUGUAUAUCCUUUGCAUAUUGUAAUAUCAGAAUUGAACACCACCAACCUCAUAGCAGUGCAGAGGAUGAGAUUGUUAGCUCAUGACAAUCGCUCAAUUCUCACAUUUCAAGACAAGCAUAAAAUUUUUCUUAGAAAAAAACUGUGACAAUUAUUUCAA